AUGACAAACAGGGAUAUGCUCAUAUUCGAGACAUUUGAGAAUCCAGCAACCUAUCUAAGCGGCGAGCUGUCCGAUGAAGAACUUGAAAUACCCGUGCAUGAAAUUCCUCCCAAUCCAGACGAUUCCGACAUCUUACCCUCACAGGUACAUCCGUCAUAUCCAUACGGAAAUCCUACAAGUCUCAAACACCCUGCCAACCGCCCGCGAAAACCAACAGAUCCAUCUUCUCGAGCACUUUUCUCGGACCUCUCGUAUGCCGGAGGCGGAGUGAACGGCGCGCUGCGUUGGGGCGAUCUCGCUCUUGACCGGCUCCUUCCUAUUGAUCGGGCUCGUGAGGAAGCCGCACGGGCGGCGCUAGCGCGCAAGAUGGCAAGUGGCGCAAGCCAGAGUAAUGGACCAGCCCCUGGUCAGCAACAGGGCCAGCCACCAGAAGCUGGUCAACAGGCAGAAGACAGUGAAGAAGAUGAGGACGAAGACGAAGAUGAUAGUGAUGAUUUAGAGGGUGGCAGUAUGAACGAUGAAGAUGAAGACGAAAAUGAGAUUCCUGAAGCGAGUUACGAAGAAGAGUGA